AUGGGUGCAAGCAAAUGUGAGAACUCCCAUCUGCCAUUCCUCAUUGCAGCUACGAAAUUCCACUCCGAUGCCAUGAACAUGUUUGACAGAAUGCCUGCGAAGUCCAAGAAAGCGGCCAUGGCCGGUGGAGGUGGCGGGGCGGCGGCGGACCACAUAAGCGCGCUCCCGGACGAGCUCCUCCAACACCUCCUCUCCUUCCUCCCCUCGCGCGAGGCCGUGCGGACGUGCGUGCUCUCCCGCCGCUGGCGCCACCAGUGGCGGCGCGUGCCCGCCGUCCGGAUCAGCGACGUCGACAACUUCCACAGCGUCCAGCAGCUGAACACCUUCGUCCGCCACCUCCUGCUGCGCCGCGAGCGGGUCCCCCUCCACGAGUGCGAGCUCGACUCCUUCCGCAACGGGGAGGUCGCACGGUGGUACCGGUACGCCGUGUCGUGCAGAGCCCAGGUGCUCCGGGUGGACACCGCCCACUCCGCCGACUACUCCCGGCUGCCGGAGACGGCCAUCGCCUCCGACCGCCUGACGAGGCUGGAGUUCGGCGGCGUGCAGCUGGGCGGUUCCUCCCUCGAUCUCUCGGGCUGCCCGAAGCUGGAGGCGCUAGAGAUGCAGGGGUGCAAGAUCACGGUGGAGAAGAUACUGUCCCCAUCGGUGAAACGCUUGAGCAUAACUCGGUGCAACUUCGAGCUGGAUUCGCGCACCCGCGUCUCGGCUCCGAGCCUCGUGUAUCUGGAGCUCGCUGAUAUUCGUGGAUGGACUCCGCUUCUUGGGUGCAUGGCGUCGUUGUCGACAGCGUUCGUCAGGCUGGAUGAUCGCUGCGAGGACUAUUGCCUGCACAGCUACUAUGGGGAUUGUGGUGACACCGUUUCAUGUGGAAACUACUGCACUCAAUUCUAUGAUGUCUAUGCCGAUGAUUGUGUGCUUCUUGGUGGUUUGUCGAACGUCACCAACUUGGAGUUGCUAACGUCACCUGAAGUGUUCAUUGUGAGAAAGGAUUUGCUUAUGAACCCAACAUUUAGCAAGCUAAAAACAUUGUUGCUUAAUGUUUGGGAUGCGGAUGCCAACUUGGGCCCACUAGUUUACAUCUUGAGGCACUCUCCAGUUCUAGAGAAGCUUACUCUUCAUCUGCAUGAGGAACCAAAAGCUAAGGUAGAAAUGGAUGAAAGCAACAGCCCAGAUGAUGAACUCAUGGCAUCUAAGCACCUCAAGGUAGUUGAAGUUAGAUAUUCCAAAAGGUCGGUGCUUCGCAGAGUUUUAAGGAUUCUGAACACCUAUGGUGUACCUCCUGAGAAGAUCAACACUGAGCGUAUGGACUUGGGGCCUUUUGGAAGUUAUUUCAGUUUCGAGCAGACAGAAUAGUUCAGCUGUCCUGCUUGUCUCAGUCUGAAAUGCUUUAUUACCUGGUCAAGACAUGCAUAUGU